AUGGAAGCGAUGGCGGUCAGAGGUGCCGGUGGGAGCCGUGUGUCCAGUGGGAGGGACCUGAACUGCGUCCCUGAAAUAGCUGACACUUUGGGAGCUGUGGCCAAGCAGGGGUUUGAUUUCCUCUGCGUGCCUGUCUUCCACCCAAGUUUCAAGAGGGAGUUUACUCAGGAACCUGCUAACAAUCGGUCUGGCCCCCAGACACAAUCAGACCUACUGCUGUCAGGAAGAGCUUUCCUACUGGCCCUAAAUCAGGAAGAUAACACAAACUUGGCCAGGGUUUUGGCCAACCACAAUCACACUGGCCACCACUCAUCCAUGUUCUGGAUGCGGGCACCCUUGGUGGCUCCAGAGGACCUUAGAGAUGAUAUCAUUGAGAAUGCACCAAGUACACACACAGAGGAGUAUAGUGGAGAGGAGAAGACGUGGAUGUGGUGGCACAACUUCCAGACCUUGUGUGACUAUAGCAAGAGGAUUGCAGUGGCUCUUGAAAUUGGGGCUGACCUCCCAUCUAAUCAUGUCAUUGAUCAUUGGCUUGGGGAGCCCAUCAAAGCAGCCAUUCUCCCCACCAGCAUUUUCCUGACCAACAAGAAGGGAUUUCAUGUUCUUUCUAAGAUGCACCAGAGGCUGAUCUUCCGGCUCCUCAAGUUGGAAGUGCAGUUCAUCAUCACAGGCACCAAUCACCACUCAGAGAAGGAGUUCUGCUCUUACCUCCGGUACCUGGAAUACUUGAGUCAGAACCGCCCUCCACCCAAUGCCUACAAACUCUUUGCCAAGGGCUAUGAAGACUAUCUGCAGUCCCCACUCCAGCCACUGAUGGACAAUCUGGAAUCUCAGACAUAUGAAGUGUUUGAAAAGGACCCCAUCAAAUACUCUCAGUAUCAGCAGGCCACCUAUAAAUGUCUGUUAGAUCGAGUUCCAGAUGAAGAGAAGGAUACCAAUGUGCAGGUGCUAAUGGUGCUGGGAGCAGGCCGGGGUCCCCUGGUGAACGCUUCCAUGCGGGCAGCCAAGCAGGCUGACCAGCAGAUAAAGCUGUACGCUGUGGAGAAGAACCCAAAUGCCAUGGUGAUGCUAGAGAACUGGCAGCUUGAAGAAUGGGGAAGCCAGGUGACGGUAGUCUCAUCGGACAUGCGGGAAUGGGUGGCUCCAGAGAAAGAAGACAUCAUCAUCAGUGAGCUUCUAGGCUCCUUUGCUGACAAUGAACUGUCACCUGAGUGCCUGGAUGGAGCCCAACACUUCCUAAAAGAUGACGGUGUGAGCAUCCCUGGGGAGUACACCUCCUUUCUGGCUCCCAUCUCCUCCUCCAAGCUGUACAAUGAGGUCCGACCCCAUUGGGAAAAGGACCGAGACCCUGAGGCCCAGUUUGAGAUGCCUUAUGUGGUGCGGCUACACAACUCCCACCAGCUAUCUGCGCCCCAGCCCUGUUUCACCUUCAGCCAUCCCAGUAGAGAUCCUCUGAGUGACAACAACUGCUACUGUACCUUGGAGUUUCCCGUGGAGGUGAACACAGUGCUACAUGGCUUUGCAGGCUACUUUGAGACUGUGCUUUAUCAGGACAUCACCCUGAGUAUCUGUCCAGAGACUCACUCUCCUGGGAUGUUCUCAUGGUUUCCCAUCCUAUUCCCCAUUAAGCAGCCCAUUACGGUACAUGAAGGCCAGACCAUCUGUGUGCGUUUCUGGCAAUGCAGCAAUUUCAAGAAGGUGUGGUAUGAGUGGGCUGUGACAGCACCAGUCUGUUCUGCUAUUCACAACCCCACAGGCCGCUCAUACACCAUCGGCCUCUAGCCCUGCCUGCAAGUGUUCAGAGCCUUGGAAGCAGCUUCAAGUUCUGCUCCUGU